UUGCAGCGCUGCACCCUGACAAAACACAGCCAAGCGGCCGGAGCAACAGCAACAGCAGCCGAACCUCCUCUCCAGGGCCUCCAGGAUCUCCAAUGGCCACCCGCUGGGGGAUCUGCUCUGCGGGGAAGAUCAGCCACGAUUUCCUCGUGGCCUUGAAGACCUUGCCGGCAUCAGAUCACAAGGCAGUAGCCAUCGCUUCUCGGGACCUCAAGCGCUCCCAGGAUUAUGCCCAACAACACGGAAUUUGUAGAGCCUAUGGAUCAUAUGAGGAACUGGCACAGGACCCUGAUGUAGAUGUGGUUUACGUGGGGUCGCUUCACACCCAGCAUCUGGCUCACACGCUCCUCUUUCUCCGGGCCAAGAAGAAUGUCCUGUGUGAAAAACCAAUGGCCAUGAACUCAUGUGAUCUCCAGGAGAUGAUCAGAGUCGCACGGGAGAAUGAUGUGUUUCUCAUGGAGGGUUUCUGGACACGAUUCUUCCCUGUAUCGGAGCAAAUCCGCAGUAUGCUGUGUGAGAAAUCUCUCGGAGACUUAAAGGUGCUCCAGGCUCAGCUAGGCUUUCAGAUGGACGACAUCCCGAGGCUGAUAGAUAAGAAACUGGGCGGAGGUGUCACCUUGGACCUAGGCUGCUACUGUGUCCAGUUUGCUGCGAUGGUUUUUGGGCACGAAAUGCCAACAUCCAUUGUGGCCACAGGAUUACUACAUGACACAGGAGUGGAUGAAACAGUUGCUGUCGUCCUCAAUUACUCAGGGAAUCGGCAAGCAGUGCUAACCUACACCAUGAUGGUCAAUCUGCCAGGAGAGGCAAUCAUUGGGGGAACUGAAGGAACGAUUAAGAUUCCUAACCAUAUGAACAGCCCCACGGUGAUGUUUUUGAAAGGGAGCCGGUGGGAAUGGCCUCUUCCACCUUCCCCUGAACCCCUUUUCUUUGAACACGACAUUGGGUUGCGUUAUGAAGCAGAACAUGUCCGGCAGUGCCUGCUGAAGGAUUUGAAGGAGAGUCCCAUCAUGCCGCUGAACGAAAGUGAACUUGUUACUGCAAUUCUGGAUGAAGUUCGAAAGCAACUGGGGGUGAUCUAUGAGCAAGAUGCUGCACAGAACAAAUACAGCCACCAAACUUACAAAUAAACUUUCCCUUUUUUGCUUAAAUGAUCUAGUGACUGAAGACUGGCUGUAACAUUGUCUGGGACAAGAGUGCCAGAGCUCUGAAAGGUUACAGUACUUGUUUGGACUAUAAUUCCUCAGAAACUCCCAACCACCACACUCAACAACUGCAGGUUCUAGUCCUAACAAGUAGUGGUUCCAAGAAUGAAGAAGCUGCCCUUCUACCUGAAAAGCCACAAUUUCUCUGGAAGGGCAGAGAGAAGCUGGAGGACAUCAGAAACUGUGUGGCUGUUCGUAGUGUGUAACUGGCUACCAAUGGACACACUGGCCAUCAGUUAUUUAGAAAUAGCUGAAGGCACCAGGUUGUCAUGUAUCCAUCUUCCAAAAGGCAAGCUAAAGAGUAUGUUUUCAUAAAGUGUGUACAUCCUAAUUUACAUGUAUAGAUGCAAAUUUAAUAAUUAUGUUCACAUAGAUACAAUAUAUGAGUCCCAUACGUGGGAGAAAAGCGAGAUAAAAGGAAAUAAAUAAUAUAUAACUGAAAGUAAGGAAGCCUCUAGGUGGGCUGAGUGCUGUUCAAAUGCUGUUAACAGCUGGUGGCUGUCAAAUUCAAGGCCCUGUUCCUCCUCCAUGCUCAUUCCCCUAUUAAAAAUAUUGAGAGCCAAGACUUAAGUACUCUUAAAUGGAAUGUUAAUCUUAAACUGCCUGUAUGGAAUAAACUGUUGAUUAUGAA